AUGUCCGGCUACAAUGUCACACCGCCUCAAGCGCGGCCGGCGAGAUCGCGACCGCUGGCAUCGCCUUCCUCGGCUGCGCCCCUCAACCGAGCCGCGUCGUCCUCCGCUCGCCCCUACUACGACGCGGUCGUCUCGGACCUCUGUACGCUCGAGACGUUCCAGACCAACUUCAACACGAACGACUUCAUCGCGCAACUCACCUCCAAGCUCGUCCAGCGCUCCAAGGCCGAUCCGGGUCCGUUCAAUCCCCGCCCGUUCAUCCGCACCUUCGAGUCGGCACUCGAGCAGCUCGUCCAGAUCCGCUCGCAGGUCGACGCCCAAUCGCAGCAGCUCUCCUCAUCAGUCCAUGUGGCCGAGUCGGCAUACACCAAGAAGCUCGACGAGCUCGGCAAGAAUUUUGCAGCCGUGGGCAACUCGUUCAACAGCCUCGAGGACCGCAUCUCGGAGGUGGGCAGGACCGCCAUCCGGAUCGGCGAGCAGCUCGAGACGAUCGACAAGCAGCGCAACCGCGCGAGCGAGGCGCACGACCUCAUCGAGUUCUACUACAUGUUUGCGCGCGGCGACACGUCCAAGCUCGAGCGUCUGCGCAAGGAGGGCGGACGCGAGGGCAGGAUGAAGACCGCCGUGAUCGCGCGCCGGCUCGCGGCGAUCAGCCGCGAAGUGGAUGUGGCGGGCAGCGAGCAGACGCGCGACGCCAUCGACCGCUACUGCGAGCGCUUCGAGCGCGACAUGCUCAAGCUCUUUGACAAGUUCUACCGCCGCUCCGACCCCAAGAUGAUGUCGCACAUCGCCAAGGUGCUCCAGGGCUUCAACGGCGGUGCGAGCUGCGUGCAGAUCUACGUGAACCAGCACGACUUUUUCAUCUCCAAGGAUCGCGUGGGCGAGGCCAACAGCAUCGAGCUCAGCGAUAUUUGGACACACAUGGCCGACCCGGACCGCCCACCGCCGCAGUCGGAACCGUCGCUGUCGGCGCUCUUUAACGAAAUUCGGCAGACGGUCGAGAUCGAGGCGCAGAUCAUAUCCGCCGUGUUUCCCAACCCACUCGUCGUCAUGCAGACCUUCCUCCAGCGCGUCUUUGCACAGUCCGUCCAGGCGUUCGUCGAGGUGAUCAUGGAAAAGGCCAUGCAGAUCCACGCACCGCGCUUCGUCGGCGCAGGCGGCACGAUCGAUGCCAAGACCUCCGCCAUCGAACCCAACGCCGUCCAGCCAGGCAAUGGCCCCACCACGUCGCACUUGGCCUUCCUACGCGCCCUGCACAUGGCGCGAUCCGGUGCGCUGAGUUUGGUCAACGACCUCAAGCUGUAUGACUAUCGCGGCGCGGGCAUCAUUGCACCCUCGAGCGCCACCGGCACCAACGGAGCGGGAGGCCACGCCGGCGCCGACGGAGCCAUCUCGGACUCGAUGACGCUGCUCGGCGGCGACGCUGUGGCUGCUGCGGCGCAGCUUGCCGGUGCGGCGGCGAGCCCGCUCGCGGCCAUGCUGGACCAGUCGGUGGAGGAGCUGUUUGUGCCGUACAUGGAGGGCAUCCGCUACAUCGACCGAGAGUCGCGCAGCUUGGCAGAUCUGUACGCCGGUCUGCUGUCCAAGUUCAUCAGCGUGCACCGUGCGGCGGCGACGGCAAAGAAGGACAAGGGCUUCGCCGGCGCGGGCAACACCAUCUUCAACCGCAUGCGCAACCAGAUCUCGGCCAACCCGGACGCGUCGUCGUCCACCUCGAGCUUUGGGUCCGGGUCCACGGCGGCGACUGCCAACACGGCGGCCACCUCGGCAGCGUCGACGUCCAAGACGUCGUUCUUCAAGCUGUCGAAUCUCGCGGACCGGGUGCGCGGCACGCAUACGGCCGGGACUGCGGCCGGGGCUGCGACGACGACGACGGGGCAGAGCGGUGCCACUGCCAUGUCGGCCGAACCGAGCCAGGACGGAAGCAUGACUGCGAGCCGAGCGAGCAUCGAGGACGAGAUGGAGGAAGGCGAUGGCGAGCUGUCUCUCGAUGUGGCUGAAAAGAUGCUUCGGUGGCACGCCGAGUCGAUCGGACGAUGCGUGGAUCUCAGCUCUGCGUCCGAAGUGCCGAAAGCGACAUUUGCGCUGCUGCGCGUCCUCACCUCAGCCUACAUCAAGACGUACAUCGAGACGGCGCUGGAUUCUGCGCUAGCCGCGGUAUCUGCGCAAGAUAUUCGAGGCGCCACACUGCCGGAUUUGUCGUCGGCGCUGUCGGUGGUUCGAUCGGUGGAGCAGGUGGUGUCGCUGUGGCAGCACUAUGUGAAUACGGCGCUGGUGCCGUUGGCGAGUACGAGUGUGACGCUGCGACGCGAGAUGGUCAUCUUCAACAACCACAAUCUGCUGCGCGUGGAGGGCAAGUGCGAUGCGCUGAUGCACAGGGUGGCGGACAAUGUGGUGGGCUUCCUGGCGAAUCGACUGGCGACGCAGAAGAAGAACGACUUUGUGCCCAAGAACGACGAUCUGGCGUUUGCGAGGCAGAAUACCGAGGCGUGCGUGGCGUGUUCGGAGGCGCUGGAAAAGGUCGAGCACGCGGCACGUAUGCAUCUGUCGCCAUCUUUGCGGCUGACCACUUCGACGAGUGGCGCACUGCGCGGAUCGCCCGCAAUGGCCAAUCGCACUGGACGCGGUGUUGGAUCGACCGACAGCGGUGAGGUCAAGCGGGUGAGUUGGAGCGGCGUGGAUGAGGAGGCGGAAGACGAGUUGCAACACAGCCAUCUAUCUCGCAAUGCCGAGACGUUGCUCACGGAGAUUGGGGUUGCAUUCCACGGUCUGCUACUGGACCACUUGCGCAAGUACACCGUCAGCGCGGCGGGAGGUAUCAUGCUUACAAAAGACCUGGCGCUGUAUCAAGAAGCGAUUGGGACGUUUGGAAUCAGCGUGGUAUCGGAUCGAUUCGAAAUGCUACGUCAACUCGGCAACCUGUUCAUCGUACAGGCAUCGGUGCUCAAGUCGUACAUGCGCGAAGGUCACCUCGCCAAAAUCGACGAACGCCUGCUGCGGCCUUACUUGCUACGAAGGGCCGACUAUGCGCGCGAGGUUAGGGAUCUCGAUGAUGGUCCUGCACCCUCAACUCCCACAAGUGCAUCGCCACUGUUUGCCCAAAGUGCCCAAGGGAGGGAUCUGUUCAGCCAUAUCCCCGCCCUCAUCUCGCAAAAUCAGGGGGCGGCAAAGGAAAGUACAGCAAAGACACCGGAAGAACAAAGACUCCAUCGACUCGCAGAGGUACUAGCACAGCUCGAGCAUCACACACUAGCUGCUUCCAAGCCGACCCAAUCCAGCCCAGACCCCGUAGCAUCCACUAGCAAGUAG